AGACGCUCCAAGGUCAUUUUCGUCCAUGUUAGUCGGCCAUGUUGGAUUGCAGUUCCGUUGCUGUUCGUUUACACAUCGAUUUUUCCGUUUAUCCAGCACUUAUUCACCACGUAUCUUGAUGCACAUUGUUUACAAAUGUUGCGUUUCACCUCAUUAUUGUUUCCGUUUCUGUUAAAAUUAGUUAUUUCGUUCGUUUCGAAAGUUUUUACCAGCAGGUCAGUGCAUUCAUUUCAUUGUAAUUGUUUCAUAUGUUGCAUUCAUACAUAGUUUCAGGUUUUUAGUUGUUUUUCCGCUAAUACUGAACUAGUACUGUCUAGAAGUUUUGGAAAUUAUGCGCAUGAGCAUGUUUGGAUGGCGGAAGCGGUUGUUUCCAGUUCAUUCGUUGGUUGCCGUUAUUGUUGCUGGCUCAGUUGCUUACUUAACAUGUAGAAAUCUGGAAAAAACAAUGUCUGUCACAUUCAUGUUUACAGCAUGCAGCAAUAUACGAGUCAGUCUGAUGAGGAGAAUACAAUCAGAGUUGAUAUUAGCAAAGUUUUCGAAGAGCAAAUUAAACCUGAAGAAUUUAGAACCUGGGAUGACGUUGAAAAAGCUUUGAAGCUUUUUGAGAAGUUAACAAACACCCGGUAUAUUGUGAAAGAAUCGAAAUUAAAUAAGGAUGAGCCACAUGUGAAGUAUGACUAUGCGGUGUAUGUAUGUACUUUUGGAUACAAAAGGAAAUCCGUAAGCAAUCACAUCCGCCUUAGAGGAUCUAAAUACUGUGGUUGCCCAUCAAUGAUACGAAUCCGAUAUCAUUGCAAUGAAUUCAUUAUACCAUCUGUAUAUAUGAUUCAUAAUCACUAUUGCACUCGUGAUUAUUUAAUGAAGGAUGCUAGAGCACGCAAAUUAGAUGAGUCUGAACUUUCUAUAGUUAAGCCGAUGCUGUCUGUUUCAUCCGAUCCUGAAAAGGUUAUUGAUUACGUUGCAGAACGAUUCCAAAAAAGGAUGACGUACAAUGAUCUACGAAAUAUAAGAGCUACUGUAGUUGAAGAUUGUGAUUUACAGUCAGUGGUUUUUUCCAGAUUACACCAAGCUGGCAAAUUGGUUAUAAUUCGGGGUGAAAACGAUGGAAGAAUAAAAAUAGCAUGUUUUAGUUCAAAUAGGCAAAUCGAAAUUUACCACAAAUUCCCUGAGGUCGUGAGUUUUGAUUCCACCUACAACACUAAUAGAGGAAACUAUAAACUGUUUCAAUUUGUUGUUACAGACUCUCAUGGAAAAGGUCUGCCGGUUAUGUUUGCAUGGAGUAGGCAGGAAAGGCUGGAUGAUUUAACAACGAUUCUGGAUAAAUUUAAAUGUGUGAUGGGUACGACUUCCAACACAGAAACGUUUGUCAUGGAUUGCGCAAAAGCAUUGAGAGGUGCCGUUGAGACAACGCAUCCACUUUGCAAUAUAAUAUUGUGUGCAUUCCAUGUUUCUCGUGCAAUGCGUAAAAAGACAAAAAGUAGGCUUGUUAGGCAGUACCUGUCGAGUAUGAUUCGCGAGGAAUCAAUUCAUGGAUUCUACACAUACCUCGGUCUCAUACGGCAUCUGGAUCCCCGUUUUGCGAGGUAUGUACACAGACACUGGCUGCCUUUGAAGAAACUUUGGGCAGCAGCAUUCAACCGUAGUGUUUUGUCACUUGGCAAUAACACUAACAAUCGUGUUGAAAGUUUACACAGGUGGAUGAAACGGAAUUUAUCAAGAAGUAUUACACUACAUAAAUGUAUGUGGGAGGUGUACCGCUGGAGUGACAGGAGGUUGCGGAGGAUUGAUGGCGAACGAGAUGUGAACAUAAGAGUGCUAGACAACAGGAUACCUGGUUUGCAACCCUUACUGUCAAAAUUAACAGAGUAUGCCGGGAAAAAGGUUAUUGCAGAUUUCAGAAGAGUAAGAAGAGCCCGCAUUGAAAACCGUAUUUCCCACAACGUAUUUUUCGUCGACGGAUUCACACACCCAAUAGUUGAUAUGGCUAGAGGUACAUGUACUUGCAGUGUGUUCACCACCUGCAAGUAUCCUUGUCGUCAUAUGGUAAUCGCUCAUCUGACUUAUCCCCAUUUUGAAGGUAAGUGAGACGCACAUUGAUCUUACAAUACAGUUGAUCGCGUUCUGAGGAAUUGUCGACGAUGGAUGCUCGCUAACAGAAAUCCACUACCCGUAUUAAAUGCUGCACCGGUAACACGAAACAGUGACAUCGAAAACUAUCAAAAGUUGAAGCGGAAGUUUUGUAGGUUUCUUGACGAACGGGUAAAUGCAGGUUAUGUGGAAAAAGCAACUGCCUAUUUAUUGUCUUCGUAUAACCGGUUAAAGGAAGGAAAGGAGGAUGUAUGAGACAUCAGUGAGAACGUGGAAUGGCCCUCUUUAGGGCCACCAAAUACUGAUUUCAUUGAAUUCAUCAGUUUUACUUUAAAUUAUGAAAUCGGAUAAGUAGGGUAGGAAGAAAUUAAUCCGCAAUGUCAGUAAUGAUUGUGAAGAUGGUUUCCGAGUAAUUAUGAAUAGUGAAUCUGUUGUGGAGAUAGGAUAUACAUUUUUUACCGAAAAAAUCAUCUGAAUGUCCUAUCUAACCUUAUAAUUCUAAGACAGUGUUAAGUUGGUUAAUAAGGUUGUAGCUGUAGGAGAUCAUGCAAAUAAGGUUGCAUCUGACUAUGAAUGACUUGUUGGCUUUGUACUGGGUAACUUCUACACCCAAGAAGCACGAUUAUAUAUAUAUAUAUAUUUAUAAUAUAUAUAUAUAGAACAUGUAUCCGCCCCAAACUUGAAUAUUGUGCACUCGUGUAUAGUAGCCUAAGGUCUGCAGACUGAAAAAAAAUCGAAGGUGUUCAGAGAAUCCUAAGAAUAUCCUCAGGUAUCGAUGUAUCUGGUGACCUAAUGGGUUCCAACUUUCCAGAUCUCCGAAUUCACUACUCACUUAAUUAUCAUUUACCUACCUCAGAAUAAUGUAUUUGUUUACGCACUGUUAUACUCUAUGUUAACUACCUAUGCCAUUAUUAAAGCUAAAACUUUCUCUUUGUUCAGAAGAAAACGAAACGAAGUUUGGGUUGUCGCUCAACUUUGACGGUGACCUUAAUGGAGGGUUCACAAUUUGACAUUUAUAAGAACCUGUUCUGAUUGAACAAUUCAAACAUUUGAAAAAGUGUAAAUUAAUGAUACUUACGGAUUGUAAUUUAUAACAUAACUGAUCGUGCCUGUGAAAGUGGCAUGCAUUUCUUGUAAACAUAUCCGUUUCUACGAAAU